AAUUAAAUUUAUUUCUAUGUAAAUACCCCUUCUCUCUCUCUCUCUGCAUAAAACUCUAGAUUCCAACAAUAUUCUAUAACCGAAAGUGUAAAUUCAAGGUCAAAAUCCUUUUUUUGCACUAAAAUGACCAACGAUAAGAAUAGUAUAUUGAAAAAUUCAGAACAGCCUGUCCCUCCCUCGGGACGCACGAAAGCGUUUUAAUUACAGGUAAGAGGGCUAAAAAGGGAUGUUAAAGGAAUCCAUAAAGCUAACGCUAAACUUAAAUCUACACUGAUUCUACUAAUGUAAUUUAGAUUACACGUUCAUUGUUUUUGAUUUGCUAUUCAAUAUGAUAUCUAUGGAGUACAUUAGGGCACGUCCUAUUCGUCCAUCAAUUUCAGGGGAUAGAGGAUAUAUUAGCGCGUGAGAAAAAUCUAGUGUUUUAAAGAGGAAGUAAUUAGGCAAUAUCAAAAAGACCAGGACAUGUUUGUAAAAUGCCUGAAGGAGUCGAUAGGUAAGUACCACAUUAGCGGAGAAAGCUUUGUAAAGAUACGUGGACUGAAUUAAACUCGGGAUACAGAUAAACUCGACUGCAGUUAUAGAUAAUAAUAAAUUUGCAACAAGUGAUUGGAUCAAAGAAUGAUAUAACACUGUAGUUCUGUAGUGAAUCGAACAUGGAAGAGGAACAUGGCUACUUGAAAGUGGAGCGCGAUUCCACACACCAAUCGACAUAUGAAGGAGCGGUAGACACUGUCUCUUCAACUCUCACAUACACGAGACACACAAUGGACACGAAGACAUUGUAUACAAGAAAACAUGGAUUGAACAAAAACGUGUUCCGUGGUUCAUCUAGAGUUUCCGGAAGUGAACCGGUAGAACAUGAUGAGGAAGGGGAGGGAGUUCAAUUAAAGGAACACCCCUCUAAUUACUAUUUGGGUUCCGAGAGUUCUGGAUACGCCGAAUCCUGGGACAGCAAACGAGAUCACCCAGUGCUGGACCAACUCCCCCAUGAUCCUGAUAGUGUAAUGAGGUCUUUCAUUCUCCGAUCAUCUAGUAGUAACUCAUCUAGCCAGAUUUCCGAUUUGUUCACGUCGGAAUGUUCAACAUGCAAGAUGUUCAGAGAGACAUGUCCAUCGCAAGAAACUAUAGAUUUCUGGAACGAGGUGGAAGCCAGUGGAAAUAACAGAAAAACGAACUGCCAUUCCAAAUUUUGGAUAAAGUUCUACGAGAAACUGAAAGAAAAAUUUCCCUUGGAAGAGGGGCUAAACAGCAGGCAGACUAAAUACUUACUGAAGACCCUCCUGGGGGUAGACGGGGCAGAUGAUAGGGAGGUCAGCUUGUCAAACUUUCUGAAGAUUGUGAGGUUCUUUGGGCCGGUGAAGACAAACGGCGAAUCUGGAAAAUGCUGCUUUGUGGAUCAUCUGCACAUGAUCGUGACGAAAUCAUUGAAGAAAGAGACACACAGAGAUAGCUGGUUUGCUGGUGAGAUGACAAGAACUGAGGCUGAAGGUCUACUUAUGAAGCAAAAGGACGGUACAUACCUCGUCAGGAUGAGUCAGAGUGGAUCGGAUAACGGCGACUUCGUGGUUUCUGUGAAGCAUGACAAUGAAUGUCAUCAUUUUGCAAUUGAGGGUAAUCCACUAGAAUCUUCCAGAAGUCCCACCCUAAACUGUCACCUGACCUUCCUGGGUAGGACUUAUAGAAGUCUUCCAGAGGCCAUUGAGGACCUACAGACCACCCCUCUGCAGGAAGAAGAGAAUGAGGAGGAUAUUUGGUGUACAAGAAUGUGUCCCAGUCUGCCAUUGAACAGCAUCGUUACACCGUAUAAACGAACUAAAUGAAGAAAAUCAAAACACGGCCGUCUCAAGCAAUUCAAGAAUUCUAAAAGGCAGUUUGGGAUUUCCACAUUAUUUUCAUGUUUAAGCACAGACAGGAAAUCAAGUUCUCAAGGAAGUAUUUUUUUAAUGUCAUAAGAGUUAAUGGUAAGAGUUAUACAUAUGAGGAUAUUCGGCACCCACUUGAUAAAAAGAAGUCAGGUACAUUAUUGGUAUUUGAUAUAUACAAUUUUUUUGUUUCCGUCAUUUUUGCGGCUGGUUGGAAUUCCUCAACCUUUAUCGAAGUAGACAUUUUUGUGCUGUGCUUUGAUUUUUAAGACUGCGUUUAUAUUCAAUCUUUAGUAAAAAGGAAACCCUUGUACAUGUAUAGAGGCUAAAGAAGAAUUCGUGAGAAGUAUGAUAAUGGGAAUGAAAUCAAUCAUCACGAGGAUACAAUAAACAAUUACAGCGAAAACUCGAUAAUGAAUGAAAUUGUAGACAAAACUAUUUUGAUAUGCAUAUACAUGUAUUGAGAUCUGACGAUAAACUUUUAAUAAAAUAAUAGUUAUGUAU